AUGCGGAGCGGCGAGCUGGGCCAGCCAACCUCGCUGGAGGUGACGGCUGGGCUCCCGAGCCCGGACGCCCUUUUCUCCGCCGGGCGCUCCGCCCUGCGGCUGCAGCGACCCGAGGGCCCUCCUCCCGCCAAAAUGGACGUCUCCCUCGGCGGCGGCAACUUCAUGGGCCAGGGAUGCUACACGGUCAGCGUGGCGAGGUACCUCUUCGGAGAGCCGCUGCGCCUGCUCAACGCCUCCGCGGUGGAGGAUGUAGACGGCUCGCGCGCCGACCUCGGGACCAGCGCGACGCUCCUCUUUCCAAAGGGGGUGACGGCGGUGCUGCGCUCCUCGGCGCUCUCCAUUGGCUUCAACGUCCAUCUCACCGCCUCGCGCGGCUCCCUCUCGCUCACAAAUUACCUCUUCCCGCACAUCUACCACGCGCUCUCCGUCCACCCCGACAGCGCACCCGCCCGCACCGAGCGCGUCUACGGAGACGGCGCGCCGACCUUCGAGCUGCAGCUCGCCGCGUUUGCGGCUGCCGUCAGGGGCAGGUCGCGCUUCCCGAUCACGCCGGCCGACUCGGUCGAGAACAUGCGCUGGAUUGACGCAAUCUACGACGCGACCGGCCUCGGCAAGCGCCCAUCGCGCGAUCGAUACGUGACGGCGCUUUUUGUGUGA